AUGCCACGCAUUACGACAUCCCUCCUCCGCAAAGCGCGUACGAUAGACCCGUUUCUCCCGGCGCUGUUAGGACCCUGUCGUGACCUAUACGCCGCGCAAAACGAGCUGCGAUGGCUCCAUGAACACGUCGAGAAAGUCGCGAAAGCGCGUCGCGCGAAGGGAGAUACACUGGCUGAAGAAGCAUUGCUAAGACAAUUAGUCGUGGAAAGAGCGUCUGGAAAGCCACUGCAGUACAUCUUGGGGACCGAAUACUUUGGCGAUCUAGAAAUCAGGUGUAGGCCUGGUGUGCUGAUCCCUAGAUCAGACACAGCAGCUUCAGUUACACAUAUUGUGGGCUUGCUUCGUAAAGCGCAUAAUCUCCCUCCCGAAUUACGCGUCCUAGACCUCUGUACGGGCACCGGCUGCAUACCCCUCCUCUUCCAGCACGAGCUGUACUCCACGCGCAACGACAUUGAUUUACGCGUCCUAGGAGUCGAUGUCUCCCAUAAAGCCCUGAGAUUGGCAAGUUACAAUCUUCAGAAAGUGCGCAACACUAGGCAAUACGUAGACAAGGGCAGGGUGAGGUUCCUAAAGGCGGACAUUCUUCUCGACCCGUUCGCAGAUCAAACCAGAGGUCCUCUGCCGUUAAAAACUGCUCUGAAUCUCAAGGGGCAGCCACCAUUCUGGGACAUUCUCGUCUCAAAUCCGCCAUAUGUUUCUCCUUCAGCAUGCUGGAAAACAACGACACGCUCGGUUCGCGGCUUCGAGCCAAAGCUUGCCUUGGUGCCUCCUCCGUCUAAGCCGAGCCAGCCCGACAUGGUGCAAGGCGAUGAGUUCUACCCGCGUCUGCUCAGCAUUGCGCAAGAUGUGGAAGCGAAGAUCGUGCUUCUUGAAGUUGCAGACUUGGAACAAGCACUUCGCGUAGCGCGAUGCGCGCGAGAUCUAGACAUCUUCGAUGGCAUCGAGAUAUGGCGAGAUCAGCCAGAUUCUUCGCCAGAUGAUAUCACCGACGAGGAUGGUUUCCCCGUCCUUGGUCAAGGCAAUGCUCGUUCAGUCAUCUGUUGGCGAGGCACGGGCGCCCUUUGGCUUGGUAAAGUAACUGCAGCUACUUCGAAAGGAGACGACGUGCAGUGAUUGUUUCGCAGCUCGAUCGGAAGCCACUUCAUGAGAGCCCCAUCGCAGCCUGGUGGUAUAGGAUACUUAGAGCCGCGAUUAUCAUGAUAAUACUUCUCUGAUAUUCCUUCGCCUCCUAUGCGUCCCGCGCUGUGCAGUCUACUCAACCACCCUCCAAAGACGGCGCCGGUCAACACCAGGGACCAUUCACAGCAGGAGAAUCAAAACAUAAUAGUGGAGAAGAACC